CUCUGUCCGAGGUAGGGCUCCCAGUCCAUUCCCCUCCCCCAAUCCAGAUCCCUCCGAUCCAAUCAUCGACCCUCGCAGCAUUCCCGCCUCGUCUCUUUGUGCAUACCCCCUCUCGCGGCAGGCUUGCCCCGUCUGAGCAACUCUGCAUCUCUCCCGUCUCUCCCGUCUCUCCCGUCUCUCCCAUAUCACCAUCUCUCCCAUCGCCAGGCACCCAGAUCCGCUAUGAACCCCAGAACCUACCGUGGCGAGCCCUUGGCCCCAGAUGCCACCAUCCGAAACCCCUUUGGCUACCAUAAGCGCAAGUUUCCCGAGACCCAGUUCUUUGUCGUGGCCACGCUGCACACCUGUCUGCGAGUCAUUUCCGAGUUCAAGGCCGACCUGAUCGAGCUGCAGGACUAUCUGCAGACUAUCCCAGAGUAUCCCUACGUCCAGCGCUGCAUCGACAUCGACGCUGCCCUGCUCGCUCUCCAGUCCUGUGUCGAAGUCUUCCCAAAGCCAUCUUCCCCCAUUCCCGACGACUGGAAGUUCAAGCCCCAUCCGCCGCCGCCCGACGAUGAUCGCAACGAUGACAGCGACUCGGACGACCACGACCACGACCACGAUGGCGACCACGAUGGCGACCGCAGGAUGGACGAUUCCGCCUCCCCAGCCGCCAGAUCCCCCAACUACACAUCCUCGAGCCUGCCCUCACCCCCGACCUACACCUCGGCCUCCUAUGCCCUGCCUUACCCGCCGCCCUCGGACGCCUCGUCGUCGUGUCCGCCUUCUUCAUGCUCUCCCUCCUCCUACCCCCUGUCCUCCCACCAGCACCAUCUCCUCCGAGAUCGCCUCACACCGGACGGGGGCUGCUCGUCCUCAGAGUCGCCGACGGCGCUGCCCGUGCCCUUCACCCCUCUGCUACCAACCCCACAAUCGCAUCUGCCACUGUCAUCAUCACUGCCAUCGUCGUCUUCGCCAUGGGUCUCUCACUCUCAAAACCACCACAACAGCGCCGACUCUGCAGCCCUUCCUGUCCAGCGGGCCGCUGCAGGCUCCAGUCUCGUCGCCAUGGAUUCCAGCCCGAUCAUCCCCGGGGUUCCCUCCUCCUCCUCCGACCUGCCCCUUACCCGGCUUGCCGCCAAGCGCCCCAGAUACUCCCCGGCGGCAAACUUGCCCGAAGAAAUUCUUCGCCACAUCCUCUUCCGCUUCGGCCCGUCUGGUUAUCGGCCCUACUCCUCGGACCUGACCAGCCGCGAGAGCCACUACAACCUCGCUAGCUGCUCUCUUGUCAAUCGCUGGUGGAACCAAGUCGCAACCCAGAUGCUAUGGCAGGUCCCGGUGCUCUGGAGCCCCGAGUGUCUCGAAAAGUUCUCCAUGCGAUGUAUCUGGUACCUGGCCGAGCUCCAGGUCGCCCAGCGGCUCGCCUCCACCGCCAACAUGUCAUGGCUGGCCGGUCGCAUCGAGAAUGCACCCUAUCCACCCAGCGCUUCGCAGUAUCCUCAAUACCCUGCCCAUCCGCAGUACCCACAACAGACAGGUCACCCGCAGCACUCACCGUAUCGGCUGCAGCAGAGCCAUAUCCAGCAUCUGCCCUAUUCACAGCACCAGAGCACCCACCGCCGGAAGCGACGCUUCAUUCGUGCCUCUCCGAUGUUCCGGCCGUCGGUCCAGCCGCUGUAUCACGUCCGCGAGAUGCGGAUGCAGUUCCACUCAUCCAUCCCGCGAAACUUGAUGGAGGACUACGCCAUGACACCAUACCGCCAGCGCAUCUCGCGCGAGUGUUUCCGGAUCAUCACCCAAGCCACCCCGAACCUCAGCCGCAUCUGCGUCUACGGGUUUGAGGUCGGCGUCAAGCAUCUGGAGCACCUCUUUGUCCACUGUCCCAACCUGAUGGGUGUGCAGUGCUUUCUCAACUAUCCGGCCGAGCCCCGGAUGGAGCCCACCCCCGAAAACUACGGCAAGAUUGCCCACGGUAUCCACAAGCUCGAGGUCCUCGAUCUCGGCCAGAUCGAAAAUGCCUACGUGGACAGCUUCCCAGGGCAAGAGUCCUUCUGGAAGAUUGUGCCCUAUGCCGUCGGUCCCAACCUGCGCGCCAUCGAGGUGUCUGAGUCGCCCCUGACCCCGAGCGAGAUGGCUGUCCUCUUCCAGAAUGCACCAAACAUUGUCGUCCUCGACGUCAACUCGUGCCCCAACCUCGACGACAGCUUUUUCCGGAUCGUCCUCAAGAUGCUGCCGCGGCUCGAGACCCUGAUUGUAUACCCCAACUGGAGCCUGACCGACGAAGGCUUUGCCGAUUUUUGCCAGGACGCCCAGAACCUGCGUAUUCUCGAGCUCGACAUGUCCGAUCUCGACCCGGCGCUGGUCUUUCGCGGCGUGGUCGAGUGCAUGCCGCGGAUUCAGUCCCUGGCCCUGGGCACCUGCAACUACUACGAAGACCAGGACGACACCCACCUCUUUGCCUUUCUGGGGACGGUGCUGCCGCGACUGCGUGUCUUCCAGAUCGGCAUCCAUGCCAUCACCAACAGUCUGCUGAUGUGCAUCGGCCAGUACGGCUCGCAGCUGCGCUCCCUCCGCUUGGACUAUGUCGACGAAAAGGAUGAAAUGGACGAACCUCCGCUGACGGCCGACACGCUGAGAUCGGCCCUGGCUAUGAUGCCUCACUUGUUCUGCCUGAGCCUGACAUCCUCCGACGGCGACGAAAUCCAUCCCGAGAUUCUCGAGAACUACCGUGAGGCCUCGCCCUUCAAUGUCACCAACUCGUACUUUGUGCUGAGAGACCAGUACAUGAACGACUACUGAGGUGGCUCAGCCUCGAGUUGCCUGUCUGGUUGUGUCGUGCAGCCGCUCUCGUAGCAUGCACCAGCCGCACCACGUCUUGGACGCUCUUUGAUCGAGCGCUCAUUAUGCAUGGCCAAAGUCCAUCAAGCCUGUUUAUGUGCUGGAA